AUGGAGGGUGGUUGUAUGCUUCUUCCAGGCCAAAGGUUUUGCCCCAUGGAAGAUGAACUACUCAUGUCCUACCUUAAGCCUAAGGUGAACGGGAUGCAAGUGCCCGACAAUGAAGACCUGAUCUGCGAGAUGGAUCUUUAUGGUGACCAAGAUCCUUGGAAGAUAUGGGAGAGAUUUGAAGCAAGAAGGGCCAACGACUUGAGGAGGAACAAAGAUCUCUACUUCUUCACCCAAAAGAGGAAGAAGACUGCAACAAGCACACGUACAAGCCGAACAGUUGGGGGUGGCGGUACUUGGAAAGGCCUAAACGCAGCCAAGGAGAUGUAUCUUCUUGAUCAGAAUCAGCAGCCAACAUCUACUCUUCUUGGUUUCAAGAAAACCUUCACGUACAAGAACAAAAACUCUGUGCAUCAUGGUUGCUGGAUCAUGUAUGAGUUUGAACUUGAUAAGUCACAACUCCUGCACAAGAAACAAGUAAACAAGAAUGAAUACGUUCUUUGUUUGCUUAGGAAGAAUGAUGUACUACCGGAAAAGAAGAGAAAAAGGAAAAUAGAAGAGGAGAUGCCUAAAGACUAUGUCGAGGACGAUCCUGAAUCGGUUAUUGAGGAGCCGCAAGAGAAACGACUACGUCUUCUACCAUGCUUUCAUAUUGUGCCCGCACCAUCAUUGGAAGCUGGACAAGAACAAUUCUUGCAAGUGGAUGAGAAUAUGGGACUGCUACAAUUCGAGGCUGAUCAAAGAGCAUCGUCCUUGGAGUUGGCUGAAUUAGAAAAGUGGUUUGAACAAGAAUUUUAUGCUGAAAAUGUUACCUCGCUAGUUGAAGAGAAUUCAGGACUGCAACAAUUGGAAUCUGAACCUCAACUAGGAGAAGAAAAUUUGGAGCAGCAACUUGAUGCACCAUCAAUUGCAGCUGAUGACCUGCAGUCUCACUCAGACAAAAAUCGGGUGCAGUAA